AUGUCUUUGGACUUGACGUUGUCUUUUGAAUCGGAAGCUUUUUUGUUGGUGGAAGAAUUGUGUUUGGAAGACGACUAUCGUCUGUUGCACUAUGGCAAAUGCAGUGUAAUUGGAAAGUUGCAAGUAGCUUCUGAUGGUAAUUUUUUAUUGGAAAACGUUCGCAUAACUAAUUUGCCAAACGAAUAUUCACUACCCGAAGGCACGCUUAGUAUACGACUAUUAACCUUUUCAUAUUUUGGCACACAACUAAUUAACAAUAAGCACGUAGAAAUUACCGGAGAAUUAGUACUUUAUAAUACCAAAAAUCCUCAAUAUAAUCACUGUACACUUUUGACUUCCAAAGGUGUCAUACAGCAAUUAAACAAUACAACAAAUGAAGAGGAGUACAAUAAACUAUUGAAAUAUUUUAACGAUACCUACAAACCAGCCAUAAAAGUUUGGUUCGUACAACCGAUCAAUAGAGCUGGUGAUUUAAUACAACGUAAUCUGGAAUUAAGAAUGUUACACAAAUAA